AAGUUGACUCGAGCCUUACACAGCUUCACAUACAUUAUUUAAACGGAGGAAGAUGGCAGCUGGAUGAUCACACUUCACUAUAUAGAGAAAAUAUCAAGUGAGCAAGGAAAUCAAAGAUCGGCAGAGGAGAACGACAACAUACAAUGAUGUCUUUACGUCAAGAAAACAUAGCCAUGUCGACGUCGACAACGCCAUUGAUCGUCUUAGUGUUGCAACUGCUGCUAAUUGCAUCGACGGAUUCCUCCAGAUCAGCUACUGCUGGUGAGAGUGUGACCAUGAUGGCCGGUUGCCCGGGCAACUGCGGCGGCGUGGGCAUCCCUUACCCCUUCGGCAUCGGCGCCGGCUGCUUCCGGCGAGGCUUCGAGAUCAUCUGCAACGACGACGAUGCGGCGCCGUUCCUCGCCGGCAGCGGCGGCAGCCUCAUCCCGGUCAGCGACCUCUCCUUCGACCCGCCGGAGGCCCGCGUGAUGCUGCCCAUCGGGUGGCAGUGCUUCAACUCCUCCGACAAGGUGGACGGCUACCGCGGCCCCAGGGUGGAUUUCAACCGGGACGGCGCGUACCGCGUCUCGCACACCCGCAGCCACCUCGUCGUCCUCGGCUGCAACACGCUGGCCUACGUCGGGACCCAGCACCGGCCCGGGGUCGUGGACAGUGACUACGACCACGCCUCCUACACCGGCUGCCUCUGCUACUGCAACGACUCCAGCAGCGCGGUGAGCGGCGACUGCGACGGCGUCGGCUGCUGCCAGGUCGACAUCCCGCCGGACAUCACCGACAACACGGUGAGCUUCGACGGCACCUACUCCCAUAAGAGAAACCUCAACUUCAGCCCCUGCGACUACGCCUUCCUGGUGGAGAAGGACAACUACACCUUCAGCACCGCCGACCUGAGGAUGGACAAGAACCGGACCAUGCCGGUGAGGCUGGACUGGGCCAUCCGCGACAACCUGACGUGCAGCCAGGCGAGGAAGACGGCGGCGCAGGUCGGCGGCUACGCCUGCGUCAGCGACAACAGCGACUGUCACGACUCGACCAACGGACCGGGAUACGUUUGUAAAUGCAACAGUGGAUAUGAUGGCAAUCCCUACCUCCCCAAUGGUUGCAUCGGUGUGGUAGGUGGUCUUUUCAUCGCAGCAGUGUUCAUAUUCAUUGCACUUCUUCGUAGAGAAAAACAAAAGAUGAAAGAAUUUUUCAAAAAGAAUGGAGGCCCUAUAUUGGAAAAGGUUAACAAUAUCAAGCUAUAUAAAAAGGAGGAUCUUAAGCCAAUAUUGAAAAAUGCCAAUGUGAUUGGAAAGGGUGGCUUCGGUGAGGUCUACAAGGGGCAUAUUGGAGAUAGUAAUCAAUUAGUUGCAGUGAAGAAGCCAAUUCAUGUUAGUUUGGAAAAAAGGGACCAAUUUGCAAAUGAAGUUAUCAUUCAAUCUCGAGUCAUCCACAAGAACAUUGUCAAGCUCAUAGGUUGCUGCCUAGAGGUUGAUAUCCCAAUUUUGGUCUAUGAGUUUGUCUCAAAAGGUAGCCUCGAAGACAUUCUCCAUGGCAGCAACAGAGUUCCUCUCAAUUUGGAUCAACGUUUGCAUAUUGCUGCAGAAUCAGCAGAAGGUCUAGCUUAUAUGCACUCCAAAACAAGCACUACCAUCCUGCAUGGUGAUGUGAAACCUGCUAAUAUACUUUUAAAUGAUGACCUUCUACCAAAGAUCUCCGACUUCGGUAUAUCAAGGUUGCUUGCCAUGGAUCAUGACCACACAAUGUCUAUCAUUGGUGAUACGAGUUAUAUGGAUCCAGUGUAUUGUCAGACAGGUCUUCUAACCGACAAGAGCGAUGUUUAUAGUUUUGGAGUUGUGCUGUUGGAGCUCAUUACAAGGAAGAAGGCCUCACACUCUGACAACAAUGGCUUACGUCAGAAUUUUAUUGAUGCUUACACAAGUGGGAAGACAGUGACGGAGCUUGUUGAUGAGGAAAUUGCAACGACAAAUGAUGUUGACAUACUUGUUAAUCUAGCAGGCAUGGUUGUGCAGUGUCUAAAUCGUGAGGUGGAUCAAAGACCAGAGAUGACAGAUAUAGCAGAGCGUCUUCACAACAUGGCUAAGAGAGUGCAUAGUAAUUAAAUAGAAUUAUCAUACAGAUCAUUGUGGAGAUUAUGGGUACUAUAUACCAACACGGCCAGACUAUCCAACUGGUUGCAGGGGAUAUAUUAUGUAUAUAGAAUAGGGGACAUAUCCGGUGAAAACCAUCAAAUAAGUGAAAACUUAUGAAAACCAUAUCUAAAAGUCUUGUAAAUUCAUGAAAAAAUUACUAGAGAUAGGUAUAGGCAUGAAAUACAUUCAUACCUAUACCUAUCUCUAGUAAUGUUUUCAUGAAUUUACAAAACUUUUAGAUAUGGUUUUCACGUGUUUUAACUUAUUUGAUGGUUUUCACUGGAUAUUCCCCCAUAUAGAAGUGGAAUAUGUAAAGGAUUAGGACUCAGGUAUUACAUACUUGUGUAUCAAGAAAAUGACCUGUAAUCCUGAUUCGAUAAGUUUGUAAAGUAGUUCUAGGAGAUUCAAACCAUAUUACGUUAAAUCUCUAUAUUGUAAACA